AUGUCCGUUAUUGCCCACGUCGACCACGGAAAGAGUACUCUGACGGACUCUCUGGUGUGCAAGGCCGGUAUCAUCUCCGAGAAGGCAUCGGGAACAGCCCGUUUCACCGACACCCGCGCUGACGAGCAGGAGCGUUGUAUUACCAUUAAGAGUACCGGUAUCUCGUUGUACUUCAAGCAGGACUUGGAUGAUGGGAAGGGCGAACAGGAAUUCUUGAUCAACCUUAUCGAUUCUCCAGGACACGUUGACUUCAGCUCUGAGGUCACAGCCGCUCUUCGUGUUACCGACGGCGCCCUGGUCGUCGUAGAUUCUGUUGAUGGUGUCUGCGUGCAAACAAAGACAGUGUUGCGCCAAGCACUCCAGGAGAGAAUCAAGCCAGUGCUGCACGUGAACAAGGUCGAUCGCGCGCUGCUUGAGUUGCAAAUGGACCCGGAGGAGAUCUACCUGACUUUCGAACGCAACGUCGAAAACGUGAAUGUCAUUAUUUCGACUUGCAGCGAUGAAAACGUCGGGGACAUGCAGAAGUUCGCAAAGCUGUAUGCAGCAAAAUUCGACAUUCCCAAGGAGAAGAUGAUGCAGCGUCUGUGGGGCAACAACUUCUACAACGCAAAGGAGAAGAAGUGGACGCGAACUCAGACAGAGGGCUCUCAGCGUGCCUUCUGCCAGUUCAUCAUGGACCCCAUCUGCAAGCUCUUCUCCACCAUCAUGAACGACCAGAAGGAUAAAUACGAGAAGAUGCUUACGACUCUCGGCAUUGAGCUGAAGGGUGACGACAAGGACCUGACUGGCAAGGCGCUACUGAAGCGUGUUAUGCAGCUGUGGCUCCCUGCUGGUGACUGUCUGCUGGAGAUGAUCGUGCGUCACUUGCCUUCUCCUUGGGAGGCACAGAAGUACCGUGUUGACACCCUGUACGAGGGUCCUAAGGACGACGAGGCAGCCAAUGGCAUUCGCAACUGCGACCCCAACGCUCCUCUGAUGAUGUACGUGAGCAAGAUGGUGCCGACAUCGGACAAGGGUCGUUUCUAUGCGUUCGGUCGCGUCUUCUCCGGCACUGUCGCCACAGGCCAGAAAGUGCGCAUUCAGGGCCCCUACUACGUGCCUGGGGAGAAGACUGAUCUGACCAUCAAGACCAUCCAGCGUACUGUCAUUAUGAUGGGAAAAUACGUUGAACAGGUGCAGGAUGUGCCUUGCGGUAACACUUGCUGUCUGGUCGGUGUCGACAAGUUCCUGCUCAAGUCCGGAACCCUCACCACCUACGACCAAGCCCACAACAUCGCCGACAUGAAGUACUCCGUCUCGCCUGUCGUGCGUGUCGCGGUGAAGCCGAAGGACAUGAAGGAGCUGCCGAAGCUCGUCGAGGGUUUGAAGAGGCUGUCCAAGUCCGAUCCGUUGGUCGUCUGCACAACUGAAGAAAGUGGAGAACACAUCAUUGCUGGGUGUGGCGAGUUGCACGUGGAGAUUUGCCUUAAGGAUCUGAAGGAGGAAUAUGCCCAGAUUGACAUCAUCGUAUCCGACCCCGUUGUCUCGUACCGUGAGACAGUCACUGCUCCUUCAUCCAUGACCUGCCUGUCCAAGUCUCCAAACAAACACAACAGGCUGUACAUGACGGCAGAGCCACUCCCUGAGGGUCUUCCUGAGGCCAUUGAAUCCGGAAAGAUCAGCUCAAAGGACGGUCCCAAGGAACGUGCCAACGACUUGAGCGAGAAGUUCGACUUCGACAAGAACCACGCGAUGAAGAUUUGGUGCUUCGGCCCCGUCGGUGUUCAGUACCUCAACGAAAUCAAGGACCACUGCAACUCUGCCUUCCAGUGGGCUAGCAAGGAGGGUGUGCUCUGCGAGGAGAACAUGCGUGGUAUUCGCUUCAACCUGACAGACGUCACCAUGCACGCUGAUGCCAUCCACAGAGGUGCAGGCCAGAUCAUGCCCACCUGCCGUCGUGUGCUGUACGCGGCCCAGCUCGUCUCGCAGCCACGUCUUCAGGAGCCGAUGUUCUUGGUGGAUAUCUCCGUGCCUCGUGAUUCUAUGGAAGGCAUUGACACGGUGCUGUUCAUGCGUCGUGGACACGUGUUCGAGGAGGACAGCAAGCCUGGCAACCCUCUCGUCGUGCUGCGUGCUUACCUCCCCGUCGCCGAGUCCUUCGGUUUCACCACCGCGCUGCGUGCUGCAACAUCAGGCCAGGCCUUCCCUCAGUGCGUGUUCGACCACUGGAGCUGCCUCAACGGCGAUCCCCUUGAGAAGGGCAGCAAGAUGGAAGCCCUUGUGCAGGGUAUCCGUACCAGGAAGCACUUGAAACCCGAAAUUCCUCCUCUCGACCACUACUACGACAAGCUGUAA